GUCAUGAAUUUGUUAUCUCUGUAGAUGAAAAGUAACUAAACAGAGAGAAUUGCUUUUGUUUGCUUAAGAGAAAGAGAUUCCUCAUUUGCAGAGAAUUGUUAGCAAUACUUGGUGUGGGAGGGGCUGUAGUUAUAUAAUCUCAAGGCAGAACGGCUGAGGGCUUAGAGUGAGUUCCACUGUGCACAAGAUACCAGGGAAUCAGGCAGGUGGAAACAUGUCUGGAAAACCCAAGCUGCACUACUUCAAUGGACGUGGUCGCAUGGAAUGAAGGAGAGAGCCCUAAUCGAUAUGUAUGUGGAAGGAAUGUUUGAUCUGAAUGAGUUACUCAUGGAAUAUGGCUACCUACCACCAGACAAAAGGCAGGCACAUUUUGCAAAUAUGAUGGACAAGACUGAAAACAGAUACUUCCCAGCCUUUGAGAAGGUUUUGAAAGGCCAUGGAAAAGGCUUUCUGGUUGGCAACCAGCUGAGCAGGGCAGAUGUUCAAUUGCUUGAAGUCAUUUUGAUGGCAGAGGAGUACAAACCCGAUAUACUUGCCAAAUUUCCUCUCUUGCAGAGUUUCAAAGCAAGAAUAAGCAAUAUCCCCACAAUAAAGAAAUUCCUGCAGCCUGGCAGCCAGAGGAAACCGCUAAUAACUGACGAAGAGUUACCAAAAGUAAUGAAAAUUUUCUACUGAGUGUAAAGCUGUAGAAACUAUUCCAUUCUGCUUGCUGACAUUGGGAAAAUAAUGAAAACACUGAAAACCAAGUUUUGAUCCUACCAGGAAAGGCAAUAGUUCACUAUAUAGGGGGUAUAUUGGACAACACAGAAUGCUUUAAAUAGCUAAACAGAAUACCUGAAAUAAAUUCUUACUAUUGGUACUCAAAA